AGCAUGAGACAUACAGUGCCUUGGUGUAUGUGCCGCCAAUAUCGUAAUUUUUGAUUUUUAUCUCGUAUCCACUUAAAAAAAAACGUGUAUGCUUGGGUCAGGUACCAACGCUCUUAUACUAGACAUUCUUUCCGAUCGCGUCCAAACUGGGGCGUUAAAGGUUUGUUGGCCGGCCGUUAAUUUCAACGAUUUCCGGAGAAAAGUUUCUGGGGCAACUUGGUAUUGGUACCACGGAACGAACGGAGUCGCAGAAGUCCCGCCCCUCACCGAACCCCGCGCGUAUCACUCCGCUUCGGGAACCAGAAGAAGUCGACGCGCGCGCGCGUGUGUGUGUGUCCUCUAGCUGGUGGCGGUGAAUCGAUCCGUGGAUCAUGGAGGAGGAAAAUACAACCGGGAACGUGAAAAAACGAGACCAGGAAGAAGAGGAGGAGGAGGAGAUGGAGGCCGAUGAGGAUGGAACGUUUGACGAGAAUCCAAGCUUCCCGGAGCUGGAGCGCACCCAAACUGGCCGAAAAACGAGCAUCUUCAAGUAUUACUCGUUCAAGGAGAAGGGAAAAGAUACAAUGACAAGCUCGACGAAGAAACCAGGCCCCCUUAUCGGAGUAAUAGACGUUGGCACGCGGACCGUUCGUUUUGUGGUGUUCAACGCGCAACACGUGGCCGAGGUGGCCUCCCAUCAGAUCGACAUAGAAGAGAUCAAUCCUCGCGAGGGAUGGGUGGAGCAGGAUCCGCGGGAGAUACUGUUCGCUGUGAAGGCGUGCAUCAAGGACGUCGUGAAGAAAUUGGACGCGCUCGGCUUGAAAGUGGAGGAGAUUGUUACGGUCGGUAUCACGAAUCAGAGGGAGACGACCGUCGCGUGGGAUGCAACCACCGGUGAACCGUUAUAUAACGCGAUAGUGUGGUCCGAUAUAAGGACGGUUUCGAUCGUCGAUCAGAUAAUAGCCAAGUUUCCGGAUCAAAGUAAGAACCAUAUCAAACCGUUGUGUGGUUUACCGGUCAGCCCGUAUUUUUCCGCGCUGAAGAUUCGUUGGAUGAAGGACAACGUGACCGCGGUUAGGAAAGCGAUGAGGGACAACCGAUGCAAAGUGGGCACCAUGGACACUUGGAUCGUUUGGAACUUAACCGGGGGCAAAGACGGUGGAUUGUAUAUCACCGACGUGACGAACGCCUCCAGGACCAUGUUAAUGAACAUCGAAACCCUCUCGUGGGAUCCGACAUUGUGCAGAUAUUUUGACAUUCCUAUGCAAAUAUUGCCGGAAAUCAGGAGCAGCGCUGAAAUAUACGGGAGUAUCGCGAUCGAUCCGUUAAAGGGUAUCCACAUAUCGGGUAUUCUAGGGAACCAACAAUCUGCGUUAGUUGGUCAGAAUUGUUUAAAGAGUGGCCAAGCGAAGAACACGUACAGGAGUGGGUGUUUUCUACUGUGUAACACGGGAACAACGAGAGUCUAUUCGUCUCACGGGUUGGUCACAACGGUUGCGUAUCAAUUCGGUCCGAAUAGUCCGGCGGUGUACGCGCUGGAGGGAUCGGUCGCUGUGGCGGGAGCCGCCAUUAAAUGGCUCCGUGAUAAUUUGAAGCUAAUAAAGGAUGUACACGAGAGCGAACAUUUGGCUGAAAGUGUCUUUAGUACCGGGGACGUGUAUUUCGUGCCGGCUUUCACGGGACUCUACGCGCCGUAUUGGAGAAAAGACGCGAGGGGAAUUAUUUGCGGUCUUACCGCGUUCACCACGAAGCAACAUAUAAUAAGAGCAUCGUUAGAAGCCGUUUGCUUCCAGACAAGAGAUAUUUUAGAAGCUAUGUACAAAGACUGCGGCUUUCCACCGACCAAGUUGCACACAGAUGGGAAAAUGUCGACGAAUAAUCUUCUUAUGCAGCUGCAAGCAGAUCUUUGCGGCACGCCAGUAUUCAGGUCAACUAUGCCGGAUAUCACAGCUUUAGGAGCAGCGAUGGCUGCAGGGCAUGCGGAGGGUAUAGAUCUUUGGGAGCUGGAAGGUGAAGAAGUGGAGACUGUACCAACGGAUACAUUUUUGCCAACUACAACACCAGAAGAGAGAGAUGCUAGGUACAAAAAAUGGAAGAUGGCAGUUGAAAGAAGCUUAGGAUGGGCUGCAAUUAAGAAGUCUGACCAAAUGACAGAUGAGAGAUAUUGCGUUCUGGCGUCGAUCCCUGCGAGUUGGUUCUUAAUGACGAGUUUUAUCUUACUACGAUUAAGUUAUUAUUUAGAAAAUCGGUGACAACAGGUUUACGUAAUUACAACGAAGAUUCAGUUAGAUGCCAGGUAACCUGUAUUUUAAAUGCAAGCGCAGAGUAGGAGCAAGGCUGCCAAGCAACUUAAUCAACAGUAGUAGUUUCAGAAUUCAGACAACAAUAUCCGAUUACAGAAUAAAGAAACAGUACAAGAGUCUGUUUCUUUACAGUAGAAUCACUCUAAUACUUCGUAUUCAAACUUGCCAACGAAAGAUCAAGAUAACAUAAUCGAACGAAACGCAGAGCGACGAAGCAGAGAAAAUAACGUGUUAUCGAUUUCGAAGGAUAUAAAAUGUUAGGCAAAGAUGCACACACACACACACAAUAAUGCAAAGCAAUCGUUAUAUUUUAUCGUUAAUGAAUACAAGAUAACGGAUACCGAAUCAGUCCAAUUAUGCAUAAUUUUGUUUGUUACUUAAAGAUGUACACCAGUCAAACCUGUACGAUUAAUUAACCGAUUAAACGAGUAUCGUUUAAUUUAUAAU